UGGAGUGUAUUUUUAUUAUUUGUAACUUAGAAGGCGAAUGUAUCGUUUCGUUUCAUGUCGUAAAUUGUUCGUAUUUUUUAGUUGUGUAGUCCCGUAUUAUGGCGCCGCUGUCUCACUGUUUAUGUCCCUGGUUAUAGCUAGUUUAUAUAUAUUUCGUUUAUAUUGUUGUCAUUGUUUAUAGUAAGUGUCUUUUUAUAAUAUUCUGUUGCAUGUUUCGUCGUGUUUGGUUUGUUAUCCGUGAAUUAGGGACUAUUUGUUUACGUGUAGCGUGUGAGGUGUGUGGAAGUCGGGUUCCGGCUUGUUCAACUCUGUCUUUUGUGUGUAAAGCUGCGGUGAAGGGAGCAGGCAGUCUCUCUGGUCAUCCAGUGAAAAGAAUAGCAAAUUCGCACCAUCCAGCCUUAUUUAUUUUGUGUUCGUCGUAGUCCUGGACGUAGUCCGAAAUUGGGUGUUGUGUUUGAUGUAAAAAGUUUGUUUCGUUUGGUUCUGUUUUGUGUCAGUUUAUAUCUAUUCUUUUUUUAUAACUUUUGGUUCCAUGCAAUAAAUUUUAUUAACUGUAAAAGUUUUUGUUUUAUUUUAGUAGCUUAUUAUUUAGACUAAGGUUAGGGUUCAACCACUGUGGGUUCUACCACGGUUGCACUGACCGGACAGAUUAGUUAGUUAAGCCUAGAAGGGUAGAUUUUAAGGUAUCCCCCCCUAGCAGGGCUUACAAAUUGGUAGCACGAGUGGGGUCAGUGCUUUAGUCUAGUUAAAUUUUUGUUUUUUUGCUAGGGCUAGGUGUAGCUUAGUUAAAUUUUUUGUUUUGAUAGGCCCUUUUUGGAACCAUAUGUGUUUAGUUUUUGUUUAGUGUAGGAAUUGUUUGUAGUCUCAACACCCAAUUAGGACGAGAUGGCGGAGGCUGCAUCGACCAACAUAAUCAUCGUCCCACCCAGGGAGGUCCACAUUAGGAGGUUUCAUGGAGACAGCCAUGCCUCUGAGGUGGAUCGCUUCAUUGAAGAAGUCCGGGCUGCCUGGAAGGUCAGGAAGGAUCUCACGGCCGAUGAGCAGAAGGACCUCCUCUGGCAGUACCUGGGCGAGGCAGUGCGGGAGGAGCUGAGUUGCAGGGGUGACGACCUGAACCGCGACCCGGAAGCCACCAUCAGGCUCCUCCGGGAGGUGUAUGGCGAGAAGAGGAGCGUCUCGCAGCUCAUGGCUCAAUUCCAAACGGUGCAACAGGGCCCACAUGAGUCAGUGAGGGCCUACUCACACCGCCUACACCGGGCAUUCAAGACCCUUGUUGCAAGGCAGGGCACCCUGCAGGUCCCACAGACCGACACGGAAUUUCUUCGGGACCAGUUCCUUGAAAACCUGAGCCAGUCCUCGGUCCGACGUCAGCUCCAAGAACUUGUGUUCCACGACCCCAAAACCCCCUUUAUGGCUCUACGAGACGCAGCCAUCAGGUGGUCCGGAGAUGAGGAUCCAGGGGCAGAACCUGCCUAUGUAGCAGCUCUACAGGCCCGCCCCAAGGAAGAACCAGCCUUGCCCAGAUCCAAGCUAGAAGACAAGGUAGACAGGCUAGCAGAGCAGCUGUCAGCCCUGUUGACCCAUUUGGCCCAGAACCCCCCUGCUGCCUUUCCCCAAGUGCCAGCUGGUCGAAGGGUACUCCGCCGACGUCCAGAGGCGGAAACAAGAACAUGUUACAAUUGCCACCAACAAGGCCACUUAGCCCGUCAUUGCCGGCUUGCAAAAAACGGGGGCCCUCAGUAGAUCGGAGU